AUGGCAAAUGAGCAAAUGAAGCCUGUUGCAACUCUUCUUUUGGGGCUGAAUUUUUGCAUGUAUGUCAUAGUUUUGGGCAUUGGUGGAUGGGCCAUGAAUAGAGCCAUAGAUCAUGGUUUUAUUAUAGGUCCAGGGUUCGAUCUUCCGGCUCAUUUUUCACCCAUAUACUUUCCUAUGGGAAAUGCUGCCACGGGAUUCUUUGUUACAUUUGCUUUGAUUGCUGGAGUUGUUGGAGUUGGAUCAUUAAUUUCAGGACUCAAUCAUAUCCGUUCAUGGACUUCAGAAAGCUUGCCAUCUGCAGCUUCAGUUGCUGCCAUUGCCUGGGCUCUUACAGUUCUUGCCAUGGGAUUUGGAUGCAAAGAGAUUCAGCUGAACGUCAGAAAUUCUCGUCUGAAAACAAUGGAGGCUUUUCUGAUUAUUCUUUCAGCUACACAGCUUUUCUACAUAGCAGCUAUUCAUGGUGCUGCUGCAAUAAGGAGAUAA